UUGGAUUUGUUUUAUGUGAAAGAUCGAUCAUUUAAUCAUCGCAUGAAUUAUACAACGGGCAUAUAAAAUGUUUUUUUUAAUUCAAUUAUUUGUUUAAGUUGAAACCAAACGGCGUAGCUCGUGCUGCCCUCCAUCGUGGUGCAACGGUGGUCGUGAUUUUACGACGUGUUCUAUUUAUCGCAAUCAUGGAUGCUAAAGAGUUCACACCCCAGUAUUUUAGAGAUAUAACGCAGUUAUCGCCUGUUUAUCUGUCCCUUUUAAAUAAUGUUUCGUAUUUACGUUGUUUUUAAUGACGAUUUUGUGCUCGUCUUACAGUUGGAUGUGGUGAAAGCGUCGAGAUGGAAAUGAAAAUAGAGAAAGUGGUUGUUGGAAAUGAAAUGAAGUCCUCUGCUGCAGAGACCAAGUCUGACCCGGUGGGCGGCCCGGACUACUAUCACCAUGAGAGUCUGCAGUGUUUCCAUUGCCUGAUAACUUUCAAAGACCUCAAAUCCAAGGAGAGACACAUCAAGAGGAACCAUCGGGACGAGUACAAGCGUCAUCUGCAGCAGAAUAAUACGCUGUUCAUGUGCUACAAGUGCAACAGCUCUUUCUCCACAACCGCAGAGCUCAGCCAGCACCAACCCACACAUUUCACUGAAGAAAAGCCAUUUUCCUGCUCCCUCUGUCAGGACAGAUUCAGCACGUUUACCGAGCUGAACCAACACAGACGGAAGGAUUGCGGGCAGCGGCGUUUCCUUUGCGUUGACUGCGGCGCCAGGUUCCCCGUUCCUUUUCGACUCCGCAAACAUCGCAUCGCAUUGCAUCCCGAGAAAGAGGCUGCAACUGAAGACAUCGACAUGUUUCAGUGCUGUAAAUGUGGCGUUGUUUUCCAGACAGAAGACGAGCUCCUGCAGCAUCAGGAGGAAACCGCUGACUGCGAUCUUGAGGAGUCACGAGGCAAAAAGCGGGCUUGUGAACCUACGCCCGCUUCCCAAGAGGCGGAAGUUGAUAAGAAAGUCAAGCAAGAAGACAUUGCAAAAGAAUACCGUGACUCGACUUCAUCUGUGGAGUGUAAAAUUCCCUGUCCUGAAGACGACUGCAAUUGGAUGUUUGCCACAGUUGAAGCCUUGCGAGCUCACAAAAAAGACCUGCAUCACCAUCGUCCUCUGAAAGCUCUGAGCUCUGAUUACUCCUGCCUUACUUGCGGGAAGAGCUUUGGAAGAGAAAGUGCUCUAAAGGCUCAUCAAACCUCCCAUAUUAAGACAGAGAAGGCUGUUGAAAAGAGAUGAUACAGAAGGAGAAAACUUCCUCCUUUGGUGUCGCAUCAUCAGGUCAUUCAUGUUGCUUGGUGAAGGAUUUCAGCAUGAUAUUUUAGAAUAAGUUUAUGAAGCAGAAUUAUCCACCACAUUGCCAAUUGUUUCAGGAAUGUUAUUUAUUUUUUCCUUUUAACCUGGGUUUGUACAAGUACUUGAAAUCUUUGAAAAUGCUUGAAUUUCAAUUAUGUGAAGGUUUCCCCCUGAAAACUUGCUAAGCCUGGUGGUUGGGCUCUAGGACAGUCAUUCAUCCAGCAUCCCAUCGUGCUUUUGAGUUUAAAAAAUGUUUAAACUUGACAAUAAAUUUGAAAGCAUCACUUGAUGUGUUAUUAAAAGACUGGAAGAUUAAUAUCUGAACACCAACUAUAAAAUCUUAAAAAAUCUAAACAUUUUAAAAACACUUAAACAUAAGCAAUGCUUAGCCUAGUGGGGGCACAAACAAAGCCUGGUGGCCCACCAUUCUUAUAAUACAUUGGGGGAAACCCUGAAGGGUUUUCAAGGUUCGGAAAGUGCUUCGUUUCUGUAAAAAAAAUUUAAAAACCCUUAAAAGUGCUUAAGAUUCUAUUCGCAAUUUUGUAAUAAACAUUUCAGAGAAAAGACUCCUUAACUGAAAGUCAAGUGAUUAUUUAUGUCGUGUCUCAGCAUUUAAUUUGGGCAAACCAAUGUGUUCAAUGUAAUAAAUAAUUGUUACUCAUAAUGGCUCAAUAAUUGAAAUAAAUUUUUGAUUUUG